AUGGCUUCCGCAUCUCCAGGGGCGGGAAAUCUGGUGAAUUUCGCAGUUGACGCUGCAAGGUUCUGGGAUUCGGGAGGAAGGGAGUCAAGUCCCGUUCGUCCCAUUGGCCCACAUCCGGCUUUUGUCUGGCUCUCCCCCUCAUACGACGACGACGACAACGACGACGGGCAACCGAAUGAGCUGCCAGAUUCCACGUCCCGAGCCGCGAUAGCCGCAGCAGAAUUUUUGGCAUCCAUGCUCUUCAAUCCUCGUCAUCGCAACUUUGCGUCCGGGCAAUGGGGGGUGUUCCUCGGCUUCAUUCCUGUGGCUCGUGUCGUUUUAACUUUCCACAACACAACACAACCCCCGAGUGAGGCCCUGAGAGCUGAGAGCCGAGAGGCCCCCGGGAUCAGUGGAACAACGAUCUUUUCAGAGACACAAGACACAUCAACUAGCCGGAUUGAUGCCGUGCACUACAAUACAACUAACGACAGGCCGUGUCCAAGAGCUGAGGGGCUCGUAUACGAUGCGGUGUGCUAG